AUGAAGCUUCGACCAGAGCACGCUCCACUUCCGCGUGACCGUAUAGCCGAGUCCGGACCAUUCCAUGUCAUCGGCGUGGAUUUCUGUGGCCCCUUUUAUGUCAAGCAGGGUCCGACUGUCACGAAGAGUUACGUCGCACUUUUUACGUGCGCCGUCACACGAGCCGUCCACCUGGAACUUGUUAGCGACAUGACCACUUCCUCGUUCCUGCUCGCCUUUCGGCGCUUCAUCGCGCGACGCGGCGUUCCAUCCGUAGUCUAUUCGGACAACGCCCGGACCUUCCAAAGAUGCGCCGGUAUCCUCGCUCUCCUGCCCGCCGAGGAUGUGCAAAACUUUGCCGCCAACCUUCGCAUCACCUGGAAGUUCAAUGUUCCCUACGCACCUUGGUGGGGCGGGUGGUGGGAGCGGAUGAUUCGGACCAUGAAAAGCGCACUGAAGGUCUCAUUUGGACGAACGCGUCAGACCUUUGAAGGGCUCACCACGUUGCUCCACGAAAUUGAUGCGGUGAUAAAUAGUAGGCCGCGUGUGAGUUCUGAUCCCAACGAAGCGCCACCAAUUACGCCCUCGCACUUCUUAACCGGCGGCAGAUCAAUCCAGCUCCCGGCAUCCCCAGAAGAGGAGCAGGUUGGGACGACGACGCUGCACAGGCUCAGGGAAGAGCAGCUGCAAGCUCUCGCGAUGUUUUGGCGGCGGUGGAAGAGAGAGUACCUCCUCCAGCUGCGCUCCGCCCACGAAAGUUCCCGCGGUGACCCAACGGCGUUGAAGGCGGGUGAUGUAGUCAUCGUGGGAGAUGACUCAACACCACAGCUCCUCUGGAAAACGGCAAUCGUAACCGCCAGCCACCCAGGUCGAGACGGCGUCGCAAGAGCAUUCACGCUAAGACUGCCGAACAAACGACAUAUCGUGCGCCCUGCGCAGCGGCUCUACCUACUCGAAGCUAGCGUGGAUCCUGGCCCCGGGGAGGAUGUUAAAGAUUGA